GCAGGCGUUGGAAUAGUAACAGCAAUGGAUGCUCAAACAACUUACGAUUAUGUAAAUCUUACGGAGCAAAUCAAAGCAAAUACCAGAAACAGCUCUUCGGUGGAGAACAAUUCGAGGUACAAUUUCAUGGUGGUCAUUGCUACCAUUACGUGGCUUCUGCUCAGUUGCAUAAGUGCAUUUAUCUACUGCUGCAAUUAUUGGGAACUGUUGAAGUCCUCGCCGAGAAGAGCUGGAGCGGAAGAGUUGGAGCUAUCGGAGCAGUCGCAACUGGAACAACAGAGCAUGCUGCUUACACAGGUCAGCGAGGUGAGCAGCAACUGAGGUGGGGAGAUUCUGGCACGGAAGCGACAGGAAGGUCACAACAGCGGCAGAACAAUGCGAAAACAAAAUAAAUAAGCCAAGCACGGCAAAGUACUGAGCGACACAAAGGCAGAGGCAGUCGAAGAGAAAGAGCAGCAGCUGCUGGCGAUCAGCUGCAGGGCAAUAUGGCGACGUGCAGCUUCCAUUUCCGUUUCCGUAAACUUAAUUCCAUACACACAGAUACACACACACACACAUACAC